AUGAUCAUCCCCUUCAUCUUGUCCGUCAUCGCGGGCGGCCUCUUCGUGUUCCUCGUCAACUACGGCUACCGCUUCCUCCUCUACGUCGGCCGCGGCUUGCGCAGCGCCUGGCCCGCAAAGUACCGGCCCGCCCCGGACCCCAAGGACAACCACGUCCAGAUCAUCGUCCUCGGCGACAUUGGACGCAGCCCACGCAUGCAGUACCAUGCCAUCAGUGUUGCCAAGCACGGGAAGAAGGUCGACAUUAUCGCCUUCAAAGAAACGGCCCGCCAUCCUGAGCUCAUCGGCAACCCCAAUGCUACGCUCUAUCCUCUUGAUCCUCUGCCCGAAUGGCUCGCUUGGGGUAACUUGAGCUUCAUUAUCCAGCUUCCUGGCAAGGUCAUCCAUCAAUUCUGGACUCUCUUCUCCACAAUGAUGUACACGGCACCCGCUGCUGAAUGGAUCAUCAUCCAGAACCCUCCUUCGAUCCCGACCUUCCACGUGGCGCUAUUCGUCGCCUGGUUGCGCGGAAGCAAAGUUAUCAUCGACUGGCACAACUACGGCCACACCAUCCUCGCCCAGAAAGGCAAGCUCUACUCACCCCUCGUCCCUCUCUACCGCUGGUAUGAGUUCUUCUUUGGCCGCCGUCUCUGCAACGUCAACCUCGCCGUCACCGACGCCAUGGCCAGGCAGCUGGAUGCCGCGGGCAAGUUCGGACUCGGCAAGCCCGUCCGCACGCUGCACGACCGCCCGGCCGCCAUCUUCCAGCCCAUCACCUCGCGCAAGGAGCGCGAGGAGGUCCUCCUGCGCAUCCCCGAGACCCAGGACCAGGCCCAGGAUAUCCUCGACGGGAACGUCCGUCUGAUCGUCAGUAGCACCUCGUGGACGGCCGACGAGGACUUUGGCAUCCUCCUCAGCGCCCUCGUCGCCUACGCCGGGCCCCGCGAGGUGGACGAUGAGAGCGAGCCCGCCUCGCCCAUCCUGGCCAUCAUCACGGGCAAGGGCCCCCAAAGAAAAAUAUACCUCGACAAGAUCAAGGAGCUUACAGACGGCGGGCAGCUCCCCGGAAUCAAGGUCGUCUCUGCAUGGCUGUCCAACCGUGACUACGCGCAGCUUCUGGCUGCGGCAGAUCUCGGCAUCUCCCUGCACAAGUCCUCGUCCGGCGUCGACUUGCCCAUGAAGGUCGUCGACAUGUUUGGCGCCGGCCUACCCGUGGCGGCCUACUCCAAGUUUGAGAGCUUUGGUGAGCUCGUCAAGGAGGGCGUCAACGGCUGCGGCUUCGAGACUGCGCCAGAGCUCGUCGUGCUCUUCAACCGCCUGCUAGCCAGUGAUGGUGCCAAGGAACUUGCCAACCUAAAAAAGGGAGCCAUCAGGGAGGGCGCCCUACGCUGGGACGAAGAAUGGGACCGCGUUGUUGCUCCCGUUGUUGGUCUCGGUAAGGAGGAGUAG